GAGCAAACAAUGACAGGUCGUUGUCAAACGGGAGAGAGAUAAACAAAAGUUGUUGCACUUUUGUCUGUGAGGUGUCCUGGGGUGCCCUGGUGUCUUCCGGUUGUCUAGUACCCUUGAGUGUUCCAAUGGCCUCUGACUGCGUGGCCUAACAGGAAGACAAAUGUGAAAACAUAACAGACAUAACAGAUGCUAUAAAUGUAGCUUCCGCUCUUCACUUAUUUGUACAAGUGACAAAAAAAGGAAUGGACACAGUGGAUGUUAGCUGAACAGUUUUAAAUGCCUGUAGUUCAUUUCCCAGCGAUGGCAACUUCGCAUGCCAUAGGCCAACAAAGGGCUACGGCUAUGCCAGCCUCUGUGAAAAAUGAGCCAAGAGAUGCUGUACUUAAUGCAAGUACUGCCCCUUCAAGCGGUUCCAUGGCAGGUCCUCCCCGUGGUCAGCUCUGUGUUCCUCCGCCCCUGGCUCCCCCAGCCCAUUGUCAGAAACCUCAAACCUCUGCUCAGAGGGGCAAAAACUCUGUGGCUCAAAACCAGGAAGUGCCUGAAAAGGACCCAGUGGACAUUUCCAGUAUAAGAGGCCUUUUUGGUUGGGCAACUAUUGAUGGAGUGAGUGUGCCGCAUUUACUUAGAGAAGACCAGAAAUAUGUAGCUGUGCGAAUUGUGGAGCAGAAGCUGUUGGCUCGCUUUCCAAACACAUUCCCAGAGGAACUUGGAGAGCAUGAACCGUUGGUUAGCUAUUAUGUGACCCAAAAUGAACUAAGGCUGCUAGACGAAAUCAACAGUGUACAUUGUAACUUUGAUUAUGGGCGGCACAAGUUCACAAACAAAGAUCUCAUAGUUAAACUUAGUGAAUUUGAAAACUUUUAUAACCUUGUGAAAAGAACUUUUCCACAAGAAGUUUUAGAGGCCCGUAGACUUGGAAUACCACUUUUGCAUCCAUCGGAAUUGGCCAAAAGCAAAAGUGGAUGGAUCCAAAUAAACAAUACAGACCCUUAUUUUCGUCGAAACGGUGCAAAAUAUGUUGUCUUACAAAUUAUAAAGCAUGCGGCUAAAUUACUGCAAGAUGUUGAGAUAGCAAAAAUUUUUCCCGAUGAAGAGGAAUACAAACUGAUCAAUGAUAUGUGCAGUACAGCUGGUCUUAAGUUUCAAUUCGCAAAGAACACAAGAUUGGUGUCUUUGGAGGAUGUUAAACGACACCAUAAAGUUACUUUGGUGGAAUUGCCCAUUGAAGAACCGAUGAAGUUUGCUCAGUACAACGUGGACUCCAACAAAAAUGAAGAGGAGGAGCACUCAUCUUCACAGCCAGCACAAAUGACAACUCCAAAACAGCAAAGCCCUGUGCCUGCCCCACAAACUGUUCAAAUCAGGCCACCUUUUCCAGCGCAACAAAAUGCACAGUACGUGAUAAACCACCAAGCUCAAUUGAUGCCCCAAAACAGUGGCGUGCAACAACGUGUUGGGGCUGUACAGAUGUCACGGCAUCCUGCAACUCGGCUGCCUUUCAUUAAUCAGUAUCCGGUGAAUUCUUCGCCAUCAGCACAGUAUGUGGUCAGAAAUCCUGUCCAUCCCACGGCAGGUCAGCAGUUUGCCCCUUACCCUUCACAAGUUCGUGGGGAAAGUAUGAUGCCAAGGCAGGCGGCUAACAUGCCCCUAACAAGACAACCGCCACCUUACCCAGGGAUGCCAGUUACGCAUGGCGGUCAGCAAGGUAGUCAGCAAGGUAAUAGACCAGACUACAGCAUAUCCUCAUCACGGAUACAGCUUGCAGAUUAUAUAAACAAAAGAGCGACUCAAGCCAUGCAAAACCGAAGGAAGCAGUUGGCGCCACAGCAAGGCCAAGGGCAAAAUGUAAGUCUGUCCACAUCUCAGCAAAAUUUGGUCAGGGCCAGUGUACCGGGAAUGUUACCCAAUGUGGUAAAUCUAAACAGUGCACAGCAUUCUAUCGGAAGCAACCAAAUUCAGGGCUACAGACAACCCGUAGCUCUCUCUCACAAUAUCCAUCAGGGACCAGUUAAUCCAACACAGCUUACUAUGAUGCAGGCUCUGCAAACCCAAAUGCCUCCAGCUCAACAGCAAGCUCAAAUCCCAUUUGCCCUUUACAACCAGCCACAAGUUGGUGUUAAUCAAAUGCCAGGGAUGAACAAUAUUUUGCAAAGACCGCCGUUCCAGACAAAUUUGCCAAACCCUAUUUUACAAGUGCAAGCAAAUGUCAGUGGUGGAACUUCUGUUGCUCAAAACCCUUCCAUACGACCAAACAAUUCAGUUACUGUUCAGCAGACCCAGCAAGGUGUAGUUCCCCAACAUAUGUCUUCAUAUCAACCCAUUCAGCAACGUCCAGUGAUUCCAACAGCAUCCCAGGCUAUGCCCAAUGUUCAGUCUUCCAGUCUUGCUGUACUAGCACCUAAACCAUGUAACGAAGAUAAAGAAUCUAGUGCCGUAUCUAUAGCAAACCAGCAACCAGCUCCAGUACCAGGUCACCAGACUGUUGAGAACAAAACGUCACAGGCUUCAGUGCCAGCCAAGACUGAUAUGUGUACUGUGCCUAAUCUUGUGGAGAAUGCUUCACUCGACACCGCCUCAGCCCCAAAUUCCGGUAAAUCUGAGACAGUUGAUGAAAAGCUUAAAAUAAAUAUUGAAAACAAGCCGGUUUCACUACCAAUAACGACGGAGGCUGCUGAAGUGGUGAAAAUUUCGCAGUGUGUUCAUGGGGUGAAGUUCGAGGGGAAAAGUAUUUCCUGUUUGGAAUAUGAGCGUUUGCCUGGAAAAUAUGCUCUAAUCGAAGCUGUUUCCAAACUGUACUUCCCACAGAGUAACAUCAACGAGUUCUUGUUCGUUUUGGAACAAGUGCUUGGUGUACCAACGACGGCCUGUCAGCCUAAUGAAGAAAAAGCCUUCAUCCACUACUACUGCCUUCCGGUGCCGGUUCUCAAGUGUAAUAAAAUGGUAAAACUUGAUGACUUGAGUAAAUAUUAUCCACAACUAAUGUACAUGUUCGCUAAGAAGAACGCAAACGGUAGUGCCUCAGUUGCGAAAGGUUUAAAGAACCAGAAUGCCAAAGCAGCGGAUGUGGAUGAGAAAGACUCCAGUGGCGUUGUAUGUUUGGAAGAGACGCCACCAACAGUAGAUAUCAAAGAUACGGCUGGGGGAACCAGUUCGUCAACAGCUAACCCUAGUUCUUCCAGCAUGCGACCGUCGGGUGCGGCCAAACGGAAACAUUACUCUGGAUCAGGCCAGCCCAGUAAACAACCAAGGCGGCUGGAAGAUAUGGUGGAGCGACUGAAGCAGAAACCAGAGACAAGUACUCCAGGUACAGCAUUUGAUACUGCUGACGGCAAUUCCACCACCAUGAAGACGGGGUCCACAUCGGCGGAAGAUGGUGUGAUCGUCAUUGAAUGAAGUCAAUAUCGACCUCCUUAUUAGUUCUACACAGUACCAAAGACUCGCUUUAGGAACCCCUGUACAGUGUGCUGGAAUCGAUUUAUGAACAGUGCUAUAUAAAUUUGCUGGAAACAGCGUGCACAUGGGAAUAAGUCCUGUUUUUUCUCCGUCAAGACCAUGAUGUGAAGAUACGACGUUCCACUCAAAAAUGUUCAGGAUAGCCUUUGUAUUGCAAAAACGUUGUACAUAGCGAUAUUGUUUGUAUAGUUUUUAUUAUGUGAUGUAUAUUUGCCCAAUGUAUGAAGCUAUGUAUGGUCUUCCAGUAAACUUUAUUGUGUAGCUGAUGUUUCACCCAUGUUAGUUACACAUAUCUUGUUGUAAGGUGUUUCAUUGGAACCAGAAAUUGCUUCUUUAAAAUGUCACUAUAACCUUUUUGGAAACGCCCCCUUUUCCUGAUCUUCUGGUUUCUCUCUUGCUAGUCGACCUCAUUAUGUACUCUAUGGAUUCUGCCAUGCAACUGAGUGUCAAUGUAUAGAAACCGAUCAACCGCCAUAGGUCAAGAAAAAAACGGUGACUGCAUCUCGUGUACUUCUUGAAUGAUAUUUUAAAGUGCAUUCAUUUCUUUUGAAAUGAUUUUUACCUGAAUGUAUUUCUUUCAUUUUCUGCAUAUCUGGGUUGCCGUACCUUGUUUCGCUUUUAUUUUAAAUGAGUAGUACAUUUCUUCGGUUCCAGAGUUACAUGAUUUUUAUGGUUUUCUUUCCAUCAGUUGAUGGCGUUACAUCAGUUCUGGGCUACAUAUUGAGGUUGUGUUUUGGAGGAUGAGAGUAAGAAAAACUGAAAGUCCGCCCAUUCGAUCUACUAGUUUACAAGGUGAGCAAUAUUAAAGUUGCACUUAAUUAAACGAAACAACACCGAAGUGUGUGAAUUAAACCACUCCCAUUUUCUUUCAAUUCGUCCGCAAUCGAUCACUUCGCUGGCAUAAUUCCAAGCUUCCUGUAUUGUUGGAUAUGAGAGUCAACCUCACCUGGCUUAAUUUUCGGUUGGAUGUAGAGUGGGGCAACUUAUUCUGUAGCGUAUUUUGUGGCUCUCUCUUAUAUUUGACAAUGUUUUAUCUACCUCAAAGCUAAAGACCACUUCCACAAAGAACGUGUGUUAAAAUAAAUUUACAAGUAUCGUAAUUACAAUUGGGGCCGUGGACUUUAUUCAAGUCAAGAACGUGGGAAGGCCUGCCGGACGGUCAUGGGUUUCCCCAGGGGCUCUUGUUGUGUUGGGGUGUUUUGUUUUUAAAAUAUCUUUUAUAAUAUCUUUAUAGUGCAUUUGUUCUUUCACGUCCUUGGUGAACAAAAAAAUACCAACCCUAACAUCAUUGCAACUCGGACUAGUCAUGAUUGGAAUCCGCGAGAGAAAGUUUUUCACUGUUGAUGAAUGGCUUGCAUGAUAUGAUGACAUGUUUACUUGUCAGGGAAAAGUGUUGAUAAGCAACGUUUGUAUUUGAGGGUAUCGUAAAGUUUCCAUGUUGACACGCAUUUUUCCAUGUCGGCAAUGAUUCAUAUGCAGUUUCCUAUUCGAAACAUGUUGAUUAGCAGUUUUUUUGACAGGCAAAUGUUACUGACUAGAAUAUGUUGCAAAGUUCCUUUGUUGGAACAUGCUGAUGAGCAAUUUCCACGGUGAAAAUUUUUGAACUUGUUUUAAUUCGUUAUGUUACUUUCAAAAGAACUAACCAGUUAAGUUUAACAGAAAGUCUGAGUGUGGAUGGAAUGUAUUCUAUUAUUGCAGAAGAUUAUUCUGUCAUUUUAGCAGAUUGUUCUAUUAAAUAUGAUACACGUAUUCUGUUAAUUCAUCUUAAAAUAUUGUAUUCGACUGCAGAAUAUAAUGUUGAAUAUGGCCCAGUGUUAUAUUAUGAUAACAGAAUACAGACUUUUUGUUAAAAUGAACAGAUGUUGAUUUUCGUGUAAUGAAUGAAAGUAUCGUACUUAUUGCAAUACGCACAAGGCCACUAUGCCUCGCAGCAUUAGAGAACGGCUUCAUUGUAGGGUAACGUUUUAUGUCCAACUUAGCUGACACUUUUUUGUAAAAAAAAAAAACCAAAGCAAUAAUUCAUAUCAUAGUUAUAUGUAUAUGUAUGUAUGUAUAUUCAAGUUCUGGAAGCAGGAUUCUAUUAGCGCUAGUAUUUUCAUCACAAUUGUAUCCAAAAUA